AUGGUCUUCUACGCCUACGCCACCUCAGGGGGCUUCGCCGUUUGGCUCAUUACGGCCAAGAACAAGGACAUCUUGGAUGCCUGGUUCCGUGCCAUGGAGACCUCACAGUACGGAAACAUCCUGCGAGUCAAUGCUGAGUGGUACCGGUACCAAAACUUCCGCAUUGAGCAAUCGAUCACCGAGCACCACCUCGCUCAGAGAUUCGAGGGAUUGAUCCUCUUCAAGCCCUUGUAUGGCUACAAUGAUUCGUGGCACAUGAUCGAUAACGGCCCUUUUGUUGAUUGCGUCCAAUACAACUGGUACUACAUCCGCUCGAAGCGGUAUAAAGCUCUCUAUUGGGACGUCCAACGCAAGUCGGAGGUCGAAUCACUUCAGGUCUACGCCAGCACUAAAUCUCGCACUCGGUUCCUAGCCGUUAAACAAGUCAGCCCUAAUUACGCGCCCUCUCCGUCAGAUAACCUCAUUAUCGGCGAAGAUCUUGUGGUUCUUCACCAUGCCUCCGGUACUGUGUCGUUCAUCCGGGACAGCAAGGGACGCUACAUAUUGACCAUAUCCCGUGCUCGGAUUCAUUUCAGUAUCAACGAGCUCAACACCAGUUUUGCGCCACAGUCAGACGACCGCAUUGCCUGGUACCCAGGUUGCAACGCUGAAUGGGAGCUGGUGUAUUAA